CGAUAGCCCAUUCCGACAGGAGAAGAAUGGCCCUGGAUCAUUCUUGAUCUCGUGAUGUUUCUUCCUUGGAGUUGGACAUCCAGGCAAACCAUGUUCGAAAUGUCUUGUCAGUCUAGCAUAAUUGCUCUCCUCCAGCUGCGUGCUCGACACGUGUGGGCCAAGCAUCAGCCGCCCUGGCUCAGGCUGACUGAGGAGCAAAAUCAUUCUGUAGCUACUGCAUACGGACCUCGGCAGUGAUUCAACUAUCGUCGAGCUGCAUAGCUAUUUCCAGUAACCGUUUGUGGCACAGAACCUGUCAGAAAAUGCGACAUUACACCAGAAAAAGAGAGAACGAAGCUGGCUGGCAUGGAUGAGCUAUCGAUUAGAGUGACUGUCACGUUGACUGGUGGUGUUCUAACCGUUAUUGGUCGGAGAACUCAGAUGUGACUUGUUGUGCAGCGUAAGUGCAUUAGCGGGUUUUAGCACAAAACGGGCGCACGUACACAACAGGAGAGAUGGCCACGGACGUGAGGGUCAGAAUGACUUACGGGGCAAAUAGCCCCGACAGUCGCACGCUGCUGGAGGACGAUUCCAAGGAGCGACGCAGCCGAAAACGCCUAUCAUGCUCACGGUGGGCAAUUUGCCUCUCAGCCAUCACCGCACUGGUUCUGAUGGUAGUGGGAUACGUGGCAUACCAGGCGUUCAUAGCCGACUGUGUGAUCGACCCACCAUACAUAGGUUCUUUGCCACCACCUCCCCUGACAGGUGUUUUGUCAGCGGAGUCCGCGGAGAGUCUGGCGGAUGCCGAGUUGCUCUUCCCCAAACUGUUUAACGCGCCCGAAUGUCAGGCUUGGGAUGAAGAUGGUGCCAUGUACACGGGUACGGUCAAUGGAGAUGUGUGGAAGUUGGAAUACGGUGCACACAAGCCAACACUCAUUGGCAGAACGGGUAAAAUAGGAUGCACAAAGUCCGACGCCAUCCCAUCUGCAGCCUGCGGGCGUCCACUGGGCAUCAGGGUCCUGCCUGAUAAGAAACUGUUGAUUGCGGAUGCAUAUGUGGGUCUGAUCAAGCUUAAUCCGGUGGACGGCGUCAUCGAACCCCUAGUGCCUUUCAGAACGCUAGUUAACGGCAGGCCCAUGCUUAUAGCUGAUGAUUUAGCUGUAGCACCGGACGGAGUAGUGUACUUCAGCGACGCUUCAACCAAGUUCACAUUGCUAGAGGCGUACUACGAUCAUGUGGAAGCGGGUGCCAACGGACGCGUCAUACGCUAUGAUCCGAAAACAGGUGAAACCAGUGUAUUCACUGACAACUUACAUUUCCCUAACGGAGUGGAGCUGAGUUUUGACCAGUCCAGCAUCCUUGUAGCCGAAACUAACAUCUAUCGAAUUAUUCGUGUAUUUCUCUAUGGUGACCGUGCCGGGCAGUGGGAGAUCUUCGCUGACAAUCUGCCCGCACAUCCGGACAACAUCCGCCGUCACCCAGACCAUGGCUACCUGGUGGGGCUGUCCGGAAUUCGAACUUGGGACUUGACCGUGCUGGAGCACUACCCGUUUCUUAGACGUCUGCUUAUCAACACGGUGGACAUUGACGAGAUAGCCGGCAAGUCGAGCAAGUACAGCUUGUGUCUGCACAUCAGCGACAGCGGGGACAUCCUGCGUAGCUGGCACGACGCUGAGCCACGCGUCUACGGUAGCCUGACGCAGUGUAGUAUACGCAAUGACGGGUAUAUGUAUCUCGGAUCGUUCAGAAACCGCGGUGUCGGCAAAGUGAAGCUGACCAAGACACUGUCCCAGGGAGGGUAAUGCCGGAGUCACCAUUCCAUGUUUUAUAAAUUUUUGAUUGGUAAAUGUAUUAUCAUUAUUAUACGCUUGUUCGCGUUGACAUCACCAAGCAACCUUGACUAGUCUUCGCAUAAGCCAAAUGAACAAAAGAAAUGAGGAACAAGCGAGGCCAAUGAGGUGAACACACGCGUGCAACUGCAGAAUAGGCAAAAGGAAUAUACAUCGGUAAAAGAGUUCGAUAUGUUGUUGCACAGUGAAUGCGGAGAAAGAGAGCGGUCUGCUCUGAAACCUCUUCCUAUGGAUGAAGCUGCAGGAAGCCUCACCGCUGCUACUAAAUUCCAUGUUUUGACACACAAUUUCACUAUCCCAUGCCAUGGAGAGUAGUGGGCCACUACCCCCGGCCCAUGGGAGGGUAAUGAGUCUACUAAUGAAUGACUCACUGUUUCAUAUCAAGAUACCAUCCCAGGGAGGCAAACUAGUCGCCGUGCCAUACCAGGGGCGUUGUACACGCUACGAUCUUGACCGUGCAAGUACCGCUAUUUGCUCCAUGUACCCCAUGAAUCAAUAAAUUCAUGCCCUGAUCUGGGCUCUAACAUUUUCAGAGUAUUCAGCAGAGACCCCCGCUCCGCAGCCUCGAGUAUACGUCAGAUGGCUGACCGUAGCACUCUGAAAUACCUUCCGAUACCCCGGGUACCCCUGCAUACCAAACCACUAGCCCAGGGAGGGUCACGGUAGAUCACAAUUCCAUUGACACGCUUACUUAACUACUGUUGCAGCUUGUCGUAGGUGUUGAACACUGUGACGUGUGUUGGUCAAGGUUACUUUGUAAACUCAUUAUUUGUAUCAUUAUCUCAUGGCACAUGUCAUGAUGACGGCCAGUAAAACUGAGACAAGGGUGAAAGCCAACCACAGCAGUGAAACAGAUAAAAGAAUACAAAUAAAAGGCAUUACAUCACAGUACUGGCAGGAGAGCGACUGCGCCACACUUACCACUGUUCUACUUGCAUAGUGAUCAUGGUGAUGACCUUGUUUAGUGCCUAGUGUUGCUCCGCUUUGCUAUCUGUGGUACCAGCUUUUGUGCGGGAUUCACAGAAGCUUUUUUGCGAUGUGACUGCCGCGAAACCGGGAAAUCCCCUAACCGCAGCCAUCUCGCACCCACACAACUGCCGCAACUGGGCCACCGCAGAAGUUGAGCUUGGCUCAACAUUUGCGAUGCGACAAGCGAUUUGGCGUACGAUUUUGACCUUUUCUACAGCAAAGUUGUACGAAGGUUCAAGAGUUGCCUAUAAAUCUGUACAAGUUGUACCAAACCUCGCGAAUACCAUAGUGACGUACCCACCUGCAUUGAACUUCGAACCGAAUCCGCAAGACGUUAUCGCAUCGCCGACUUCUUCUGUGAAUGGUAUUUCGCGAGUUCGCAUCGCACGCAUCCGUCGCAGAUCACGUCGCAUCGCAAAAAAAGCUUCUGUGCAUCCCGCUUUACUACUAUCGGUGACAUUUCUCUCUUUUUUCAAGUUUUUUGUUUGUUUGUUGUGGAUUGAGUAUGUAUUCUUUUGUGCAGUUCGACUUUUAGUCCUUUUUACAUGUACAUGUACACUCCUAUCUCUCUUAUGUGCACCUCGAAGUCA